GAAGCGUCUGUAGGGUUCCCCUCUGCCUUAUCCUACAGUAUCUCUCAGCUCCCCUCUCCAAUCUGUAACAACAACCAAAAAUAAAAGGCAUUCCCCUAAACACAGUCAGUCCUUCCUAGGAUCUGAGGAAAUUAACAACCUGCUACAUCCAGGGGGGGUAUCCCAGAGAGCUGUCACACUGCACAACACUUGGAAACCAGCUGGAGCCAAGAAGGGGUGAUGGAUUUUUGGACAGUUUCAUUGAGGAUUUUGCUGUUUCCUUCAGCCUUGGUGUUCUGCUCUGAGCUGUUUCUUUCUGAAUGUUACACUGUUAACGGUGCAGAUUACAGAGGGACACAAAACCAGACAGCGUUAGAUGGUGGGAAGCCUUGCCUCUUUUGGAACGAGACCUUCCAACAUCCAUACAACACCUUGAAAUAUCCCAAUGGUGAGGGAGGCUUGGGAGAUCACAAUUACUGCAGAAAUCCAGAUGGUGACAUCAGUCCCUGGUGUUACAUUGCUGAGCAUGAAGAUGGGGUGUAUUGGAAAUAUUGUGACAUUCCAACCUGCAGAAUGCCUGGGAAUCUGGGUUGCUUCAGAGACAACGGAAACCCACCCCCACUGACGGGCAUCAGUGAGACAUCCAACAAGCAGACGAUACAGACCUGCAUUUCUAUGUGCAGGAGACAACGCUACAAGAUGGCUGGAUUGGAGUCCGGCUUUGCCUGCUUCUGUGGCAACAAUGCGGACUACAGGAAGCACGGAGAGACACCCAGUACGGACUGUAACAGUGUCUGCUUUGGGGACCACUCUCAGCCUUGUGGAGGGGAUGGACGCAUCAUCCUUUUUGACUCUUUGAUUGGAGCGUGUGGGGGAAAUUACACAAUGGAUUCUGCUGUCAUCUAUUCACCAGAUUUUCCAGAUAACUACGGAGCAGGAAAAGCUUGCUAUUGGACUAUUCAGGUUCCAGGAGCAUCUCUUAUCCGUUUCAACUUUACCUUCUUUGACAUCAAAGAUUCCAGGGACAUGGUGGAACUGUUAGAUGGUUACACUAAGCAGGUCCUGGUUCGGUUUGAUGGCAGAAACCACCCAUCACACUCCUUCAACAUCUCACUUGACUUUGUCAUCUUGUAUUUUUUCUCUGAUCGCAGCAACCAAGCUCAGGGAUUUGCUCUUCUUUAUCAAGCAUUCAAAGAAAGAGGUGUGGAGAAGACAAAAGCAAUAAGCAACCAGUCACAAACCGAAAUGAUCACUCAAACUACCAACCUUAGCAUCAACGCAGCACGGUCUUCAAAGAUCCUUUACGUCAUUACAACCAGUCCAAGCCGACCAACCGGUCACAUGCCAGGGUGGACAAUCUAUGCACUUACAGCCCUUCUUAUCCUGCCCAUCAUUGCUAUUUUGGCAAAAACACUUUUACAUCUAACAGUGAAGUCACAAAGACUGACAUCACCAACAAGUUUGAACAGUUGUCACAGAGGAUCUGCAGGAGAAAUCUGGAGCAUAUUUUACAAACCUUCUACAUCCAUCUCCAUUUUUCCCAAGAAAACAAAAAGCCAACAUGACGAUCGUAACCCUUUGGUAGGGGAAUAAUUUGCACUUUGGAUAGACUUCUUAACCCUGCAGGGCUACUUUGGGAGACUGCUGACACCUCAUUGCUUAGGCAUCUGUAAGGAAAUAGACACAAAUGAGCAGAUGUAGACUGUUUAGCAUCUACAUGUGUGUCCAGCUACAGAUGAAGAUGUCUCUACAGCCCAGCGGUGCAAUAUGGCAUGUUUACAAAUGAAUAUGCCCCAAUCAGAAAAUCCUAAGAGGAAGUCUGCAAAGAUGUAUGUGCUUUAUCCAUACAGAUCAGUCUGACUGCCCUCUAUUUCAGGUUUCGGAGAAAAUGUGGUUUAGGUGGGAUGGAAUCACAGCAAAAUGCUGUCAGCGUUACAUACAAUCAUCCCUGCUCUUCCCAGUUGGAUGUCCCAUGUUUAAAAAGACAUCUGACUUAUUACCAGGUCCUACUUAUUUUUUAUUAUAUUUAUGAACUUUGAACUUAAUUAUGGAGCACCAGAAGUCUUCUGGUUUUCACAAAAAUAUUGGCAUUAUGGACAACUGCUCUAAUGAUAAAUACUGUACUUUGUAUAUGUUUCCAUUGCCAAAUAACUACACAAAACUAAUCAGAGCUGGAACCAUCUUAUUAUGACCCAAAAAUAGAAUGAUUCCUCACCUAGUGUUUACAGUGUCUUGAACACAGAGCAAAUGAUUACAAGGGAAUGAGGAUUCAUAAAGAUCUAUUGCCAUAAAAAAAUGCAUGGGUUUUUAAUGGUGCAUGAGAUGGAUCGCAUUGUUUAUGGGGCCAUUAGAGAAUUUUUUUAUAGCUCUAUGCAUCUCGAGAAUUUGUACCUAUUUAAGAUGUUUAUUUUGAUCAUAAUGCAAACUUUAAAACCUGUGAUACAUUUGUUUUACAUCACUCUAUUGGAAACGAUUGUCAGCUUUACCCAUAAAAUUUGCUCAGUUAAA